AUGCGACAAACUAGUCUUUUGAUUAUCUUGGCAACGGGAAAGUGUAAUCGCACGACUUCCUGCGCCUUGUAUCGGCUCUUCAGGCGGUCGCAGCGUUCAUCGGUUGCGGCCGAAGUGGCGCCGAAGCAGACGACACGUGCAGCGGACUCGGACGACCCAAUCGAGACACCAAUCAGCGCCAACCCCGACUCCUCGGCCAGUCCGAAUCCGGCGGCCGAGGCGGCGACGAGUCAAUUGACAAAAGUGACGUCCGAUUCAGGCGACGGGGGCGCGGACGAGGCGAACACCGGCACGAUGCUUGUGCCCGCGGAGACUGGCCUCGCAGACCGUCCCGACGGCCUGGACGAGCCGGAAGGUGCCGACCGUCGCGACGACACGGAGGCGCCCACGAUCGGCAACUCGUCGGACGACGAGGCUCCACAGUCGGCACAUUCCGUGCCCACGCUGGCCGGCUCGGCGAGUCUGCCGGCCGAGGAGGCGUGUGCCGGCAGUUCUGGCAGUCUCGACUUGGUCGCAGAGUCCGAAGUGUCGCUGCGCUGCUCCGAGUCCGCCAUGCAACUGGAGCCGUCUUCGAGAGUGGAAACGCGGCAAGAUUCUGCAUCGCGAAACAUCGCCGUGUCAGCGAGCAAAUUGCUCUUCUCAACGCAACUGUCGCGUUAUGAGUCGCACGACCAGGACGCCCCAAGAGACGGCCAGUCUUCGUUGCUGCCUGACUCCGUCUGCAAGACAGAGCCCGAGGCUGCGGCCACGAGCAGUCCACUUCCGAGGCGCGUGGAACAAGCCGUUGCGUCAGAAGAGCCCAACGAACCGUCUCUAGCACUCAUCCCCUCGGGACCUGCCCAAUCGGCGGAUGAGCUCACUCCCGAGGCAGCACUGCCUGUUGCCUCGGGGCCAGAGUCGGCCGAACCAGCAACUGCCCGCUAC